AUCGUUACAGUUAGUUCAUUUACACAAUGCAAUUCUGGAAAUUCUCUACAUCUGCUUUAGCCUCUCUCUUGGCUAUCGUCUCAGUGACCCAAGCUAGUGGUCCAUCUUCCGGUGAAGCUGCCGCUGAUCCUAACAGUGCUGUUGUCAAGUUGGCAGCCAGCAACUUUACCAGUUUCCUUGAAGCUAACCCAUUGGUUCUUACUGAAUUCUUUGCCCCAUGGUGUGGAUACUGUAAGAUGCUUGGUCCAGAAUUUUCCAAGGCUGCUGAUUCUUUAAACGCCACUCAUCCAAACAUUAAGUUGGCUCAAGUUGAUUGUGUUUCCGACGAAUCCAUCUGUCGUGACCAUGGUAUCAGAGGUUACCCAACCUUGAAAGUCAUCAGAGAUGGUGAAAGUCAAGCUGGUGAAGAUUAUGCUGGUCCAAGAGAUGCUCAAGGUAUUGCUGAUUACAUGAUUAAGCAAACCUUGCCUGCUGUUCAAGUUCCAGCUUCUUAUGACUUGUUGGAAAAAUUAGUUGACGAACAAGCUAAGCCAUUCAUUAUUCAAGUUAAUCCAAGUGCUGAAGCCAAUGCUACUUUUGGCAAGAUUGCCAAGUCUAAGAAGAAUGAUUACGCCUUUAUUUCUGUUGAAGAUAAGAAAUUGGCUGAUCAAUUGAGCAAGAAGUUCAAGAAUGUCGACCUUACUAAAGAAGAUACUUAUAUUGUUGCCCACCCAGCUCAAUUUGACGAUGCUGCUAAAUUUGAUGGUAAGACUGUCGAUCAAGAAUCCUUACUUGCUUUCAUUGAAGCUGAAGUUGUUCCAUACUUUGGUGAUAUCACCAGAGAAACUUAUAUGACCUACAUGUCUUCUCCAUUACCUCUUGCCUACUACUUCUACAAGACUCCAGAACAAAGAGAAUCUAUUUCUAAGGACCUUGCCAAGAUUGCCAAGAAGUACAGAGGAAAGAUUAACAUUGCUGGUGUUGAUGCUACCUUAUUUGGUAAGCAUGCUGAAGUUAUCAAUAUGGACCCAGAAAUUGUUCCAUUAUUUGCCAUUCACAAUGUCACUGACAACAAGAAGUAUGGUGUCAACCAAACUACUUACCCAGAAGGUCCAUCUGCUGAUGUUAUCAGCAAGUUUGUUGACGAUUUCUUUGAAGGUAAGGUAGCUCCAAUUAUCAAGUCUGAAGAUUUACCAACUGAAGAAGAAAAGAAGGCUAGUCCAGUUGUCAAGUUAGUUGGUCACAACUACAGACAAAUCUUGGAUGAUGUUUCUAAGGAUGUCUUUGUUAAAUACUAUGCUCCAUGGUGUGGUCACUGUAAGAAGUUGGCUCCAACUUGGGAAGAUUUAGCUUCUAUUUUUGGUUCUAACAAGGAUGAUGCCAAGGUUGUCAUUGCUAACAUUGACCAUACUAAUAAUGAUGUUGAUGUUCCAAUUGAUAUCCAAGGUUACCCAACUUUAUUGUUGUACCCAGCAAAUGGUAAGAUUGAUCAAAAGACUGGAUUAAGAGAACCAAUAUUGUAUGAAAGUGGUAGAGAUUUAGAAUCCUUACUUGCCUUUGUUAAAGAAAAGGGUACUUUAGACGUUGAUGUUGAUAAGUUAGCCGAUGCUUGGAAGCUGAAGUCCGCUGAAGAAGCCGCCGCUUCUGAAGCUGCUGAUGAAAAAGAAGAAGCUGAAAAGGAAGAUGACGAAGAAGAAGAAGAAGUUGCUCAUGAUGAAUUGUAAGUAAUUAUUUGUUGAGUGUAUAGUUUAAGGAGUAGUAG